UUUUUGGCUGUGGAAACGCGUUAGGGUAUUUACAAUACAUAAUUUCAGUCCAGCUGUUUUUGUGCAAAAGUAAACAAAACAAAAUGUCGCUGGUUGCAGACUAUAGUGAUAGCGAUUCCUCCGAAUCCGACGCAGAGAGUAGCACUGAAUCCUCCGCCAGCGAGGAGGCCAAUCCGCCCCCGCCCGCGGACAAACCACCGCCAAAGCUGCCCAGUGCCAGCCUAGUUCUUGCUCCGGGAGCGGGCAAGGGCGAUGUAUUCAGCAAUCCCUUCCUUGAGGCGGAGCUGCACAAGACCGCCUCCCUAGAGCGGCACGUGAAAAUGGUCAGCAACGAUACGCAUCUGCAGCUGAAGAACGGACGCAAGAUAUGCUGGAACUUCCGGAGAGGACGCUGCCGCUUUGGCACCAGUUGCCAGUAUGCCCACGACUCCGACUUGUCGGUGGAUGAGGCGGGAGCUCCAAGUGCACCCGAUACGCCAGUUGCUGCUGAGGCCGUCAAGGAAUCAGUUGUGGCCGGGAAUUCCACGAAGCGCAAAAGACCCGGCCUGGGCGAUGCCUUGGAGCCUGGCAAGCGGGUGAUGAAGUCCUACAAGCAACAAAACAAUCCGAACAAUCCCUUUGCCCGUCGUUAA